GCGCGAACACGAAGACCACGGUGCGUGGACAGUGCACUGGUGUUGUGAAGACGGAAGUGACAGGACGACUUCCCUCAGGCAAACACAUUUUUGGAAAUAGCUGCAUGAAAAGAUCGACGCUUGCCCAGAUAUGUCAGUUGCAUACAAAAACAGAAUACAGGAUUUUAAAGUAACUUUGACGGAAGAAAACAUAAACCUGAAAACACUAAGAGAGCUGUGCUUCAAUGGAAUUCCAUUUGAAGGAGGCAUUCGGGCACUUUGCUGGAAGAUCCUUCUUAAUUACCUUCCUCUUGAUCAAACACGAUGGGACUCAUUCCUCAAAAAGGAAAGGGAAGUUUAUUCGCAGUUUCUGAAAGAAAUGAUUAUCCAACCCGGCAUUGCUAAAGCCAACCUGGGUCUCUCUCGAGAAGAUGUUACAAUGGAAGACCAUCCUCUAAAUCCAAAUCCAGAGAGCAGGUGGAACACAUACUUCAAAGAUAAUGAAAUCCUACUUCAAAUUGAUAAGGAUGUAAGGAGGUUGUAUCCAGACAUGGCCUUCUUUCAGCGUCCUACGGACUACCCUUGCCAACUUAUCCUGGACCCUCAAAAUGAUUAUGAGACAUUGCGUCGGCGAGUGGAACAAACUACGCUGAAAGCACAAACUGUAAAUCGCAACCGCAGUGGAGUAACCAAUGUCAGCUCCCCUGGAAAGUCUUUGAAUUUGUACCCAUCUAAUGAAUACGAGGUGUUGCCCAAUGGGAGUGAAGCUCACUGGGAAGUGGUGGAGCGCAUCCUCUUCAUCUAUGCCAAACUCAAUCCUGGAAUUGCUUACGUCCAGGGCAUGAAUGAAAUUGUUGGUCCAAUUUACUAUACCUUUGCCACAGACCCCAACAGCCAAUGGAAAGAGCACGCAGAAGCGGAUACUUUCUUCUGUUUCACCAACCUAAUGUCAGAGAACAGAGAUAAUUUCAUCAAGAGCCUGGAUGAUUCCCAGUGUGGCAUAACAUACAAGAUGGAGAGUGUGUAUUCAAUGCUCAAAGAAAAAGACCAGGAGCUCUAUUUCAAGCUGCUAGAGCAGAACAUCAAGCCUCAGUACUUCACCUUCCGCUGGCUGACCCUGUUGUUAUCGCAGGAGUUCCUCCUACCAGAUGUCAUCCGCAUUUGGGACACUCUGUUUUCUGACCAGGACCGCUUCUACUUCCUCAUCCUGGUCUGCUGUGCCAUGCUCAUACUGAUCCGGGAUAACCUUCUGGCCGGAGACUUCACAGUGAAUAUGAGAUUACUACAGGAUUACCCUAUCUCAGAUGUCCAUACCAUUCUGACUAAGGCCAAAGAGCUCCAAGACAACUCGUAACCUGUUCACCCUUCCAGUGGCUGCUUCCUGUCAGAUUAAGUCAGUGGAAGCCAAAACAACAACAAAACAUUUUCAGUUAUACUUAAAGGACCUCAACGCAUAUGUUGUGUGGAAGAAAAAAACUGCAUAUUGCCUUUUAACUGGAUGACUGCUCUUGUGGUCAGAGGUGACUGCUAAGAAAACAACAAAGCAACCAUCAUUGUGGUGAGGAGGAAAUGCAUCUCAGUGCAUGAUGGGGAACAGGUCCCUGUGGUCAUCCUCCAUUCUCAGCCAUCUCUCCCAUGGAGACUUGUUACCCUGACCAAGUUAGCAUCUGGAGCAGUGGGAGGCAUAUGACAUC